CGGAGCCGCUGGGUGGGGCCGCGCCGGGGGCGAAGACAACAAAGGGCGGCGAGCGGCUGGCGGCGGUGACCGAGUUUCCCGGUGCUUCCCUCAGGUCACGCACCCCGGCCCUCGCCUACCCCGCUCCAGAUGAAGUGUGAGCACUGCACGCGGAAGGAAUGUAGUAAAAAGACAAAAACCGAUGACCAACAGAAUGCAUCAGUCGAUGUUCCGAGUCCGGCCCAGGAGAAUGGAGAGAAGGGAGAAUUCCACAAGUUGGCUGAUGCCAAGAUAUUUCUGAGUGACUGCCUGGCGUGUGACAGCUGCGUGACCGAAGAGGAAGGAGUCCAGGUUUCCCAGCAGAACGCCAAGGACUUCUUCCGUGUUCUGAACCUUAAUAAGAAAUGUGACUCCUCACUGCACAAGGUGCUGGCCGUGUCAGUGUGUCCUCAGUCUCUGCCUUAUUUUGCUGCUAAAUUCAGCCUCAGUGUGACUGAUGCGUCUAGAAGACUCUGUGGCUUCCUCAAAAGUCUUGGGGUGCACUAUGUGUUCGACACAACGAUAGCUGCGGACUUCAGCAUCCUGGAAAGCCAGAGAGAAUUCGUGCGUCGGUACCACCAGCACAGUGAGGAGCAGCCCACAUUGCCCAUGCUGACCUCCGCCUGUCCUGGCUGGGUCCGGUACGCUGAGCGGGUGCUGGGUCACCCCAUCACCCCCCACCUCUGCACCGCCAAGUCUCCCCAGCAGAUCAUGGGCUCGCUGGUGAAGGAUUACUUUGCCAGACGGCAGAACCUGUCCCCAGACAAGAUUUUCCACGUCAUUGUGGCCCCUUGCUAUGACAAGAAGCUGGAGGCCCUUCGAGAAGAUUUUCCCACAACUUUGCAUAGUUCCCGGGGUGCUGACUGCGUGUUGACCUCAGGUGAAAUUGUGCAGAUAAUGGGGCAAAGUGACCUGCCAGUGAAAGACGCUGCUGUGGACACUCUGUUCGGAGACCUGGAGGAGGGGGAGCUGAGACGGCACGACGGGGCCAGCUCCGACGGGUACCUGGCACACGUCUUCCGGCACGCGGCCAAGGAGCUGUUCAACGAGGACGUGGGCGAGGUCACCUACCGUGCCCUGAGGAACAAAGACUUCCAGGAAGUUACCCUUGAGAGGGACGGGAAGGUUCUGCUCCGCUUCGCGGCUGCGUGCGGCUUUCGGAACAUCCAGAACAUGGUCCUGAAGCUGAAGAAGGGCAGGUUCCCGUACCACUUUGUGGAGGUCCUCGCCUGCGCCGGGGGGUGUCUGAGUGGCAGGGGCCAGGCGCAGGCGGAGGAUGGGCGCACGGACAAGGCCCUGCUGCGGCAGAUGGAAGGUAUCUACGCCCACAUCCCGGUGCGGCCCGCCGAGACCAGUGCACACGUGCAGGCGCUCUACCAGGAGUGGCUGGGCGGGGCUGACUCCCCCCGGGCCCAGGAGACCCUGCACACAGCUUAUGGGGACCCGGGGCACCCCGCCCACAGCCGGGACAUCAAGUGGUAACAGCCGGAACAGACGGUGCCCAAGGCGGGCGCAGAGACUCGGAAGAAAGCUCAGCUUUGCUUUCAUGACUUUGGUUUCCAGCAUUCCCUGCCCCCACCUGUUGACGGCUCCCUCGCUCUGAUGUGGCGCUGUCUUCGUAAUGUGUGCGAUUGGAGUAUUUUGUCGUGUGAGAAACAUCGCCCCAGCUUACGUAUCCUUUUAUCCUAAAACGGAAAAAUCCCAAAGAACAGGAAUGAAGACAGAUUCUGUCUUUUAGGCUUGAAAAGAUCCCCAAGUGGCCCGCACAGAUGUGAGAAGUGCGUCCACGUGCCCGAGGCUUGAUGGACACCAGCACGGCGGGUGGGGGGUGGGCCGUUUGCGGCCGCAGUCCUGGGUCGCCUAGUUUGGCUCCUGGUUUUAGUCACAUAUGUUACUCUUGAAAAUGUUUUUGCCACAACAUGAAUAAACUGCCUUUUGGAA